ACUAAACCCUCCAAGAAGCAGAGAAAAUUCCAGAUCUCUCUCGAGAGAAAAACUUUUUAAGGAGAGAAAUAAUCGUAGUAAACAAGUAAUUUUUCUCCGUUAACAAUCAAAGCCGAAACCUGUAGGAUGUUGGUUCUAAUCUUGCAUGUUUUCUUUUAGUUUCUUUCUGGUUCGAAUUUGAUUGAAACUAACGAAUUGAUUCGCUAAUCUGUGGAUCUGGUUGUAGAUCUCAAUUUGAUCGAUCAAAAAAGCAGGGACUGAUACAGAAGCAAUCGGGUUUAUCGGUUUCUUGGAAUCCGGUUUUCGUGUUUUCUAGGGUUUUAAAUAAGAAUUGCUUGUUGUGUACGUUCGGUAAGGUUUUAAUCGGUUUUUAGUUUGUUUAUAUCUCUGUGAGGUGGCACGAAACAUGAAUGAGCAUUCACAAAUGAUGAAUCAGCAACCGCCACAAAUGAUUAGCCAGCCGCCGCAGAUGAUGAGUCAGCCUCUACCGCCGGUGAUGAACCCUGUUCAAUCCCAAAUCUUGAACCAGACACAGUUGUUGGGUCAGUCGCAGACCAUGAACCUCCCGGUUUUUGGUCAGAUGAAUCAACCUCAACCCCUUAGUUUGGGACAAUCUCAGCCUAUGUUGAACCAGCCGCUGAUGUUGAAUAGUAGAAGUUACAAACCUAACCAUAAGUUGAACAAGCAGUACCAAAUCCCUUCUUCUUCGAAACUUAAUAACUUUCCUCGCUUACCGAAGCAGUCAAAUCGAGGCAAUUGGAAGGGCAAGAAGGUAACCGGCGAGAUGCGAUCCAUGAAGGAUUCCAUGAGAAGAACUGAUAAGUCUACUCCUAAUCCUGCUAUUGCUCCGGUUCCCAGUGGUGCCGGAGGCUACAAGCCCCCGACACUAAAUGAAUUGCAGUCCCAGAACAGGUUAAAGGCCAGGAAAUUUUACCCUAAGAAAAAGUUCGACAACCAUUUUGCUCCAUAUGCGCCGAGGAACACGACCUCAUAUCUUAUCCGGGCGAAGAAGGCCGGUGGGAUUGCCUCGCUGGCGUGCCCUUCUCCAGUGACCCCGGCCGUUCUUCCCACCCCUAUAUUCUCACCCUCAAGAGAGUUCUUGGGUGACAUGGCGAAGGAAGAGUGGGGAGUUGAUGGAUAUGGGUCUAUGAAGGGAUUAAUUAGGCUUAGAUCUCCAGGUAAUGAAAUGGAAGCGCAUGAUGAUGAGGAGGAAGAGGAAGGAGGCUCAAGUGAGAGCGAUGUAGAGGAGCACGUAGAGGUGGAGAGGAGAUUGGAUCAGGACUGAGCCGGUUCGAAAUGAUUUACCCGAAUUAUGG